AUGUCGAAAACAGCUGCAGUGGCUCUAGUCCUUGGACUCAUCUUCUUGAACCUCUCAGACCAGUGCUAUGGCCAACUGCAAGUUGGGUUCUACAAGGGCAAAUGUAGGACUGCCGAUGUCGAGGCUCUUGUAGGCCGUGUUAUUUUGGCAAGGUUCAUCAAGGACCCGACCAUCGUGGCCGCCCUCCUACGCAUGCAAUUCCAUGAUUGCUUUGUCAACGGGUGUGAUGCAUCUAUUCUACUAGAUGGGAGCAAUAGUGAGAAAACUGCACCUCCUAAUCUAAGUGUGAGGGGCUAUGAUCUCAUUGAUGCUGCAAAGGCUGCUGUGGAAGCAGUCUGUCCCGGAGUAGUCUCUUGCGCUGAUAUCAUCGCCAUGGCCACCAGAGACACCGUCUUCUUGAGUGGAGGAGGUCGAUACAAUGUACAAACAGGGCGAAAAGAUGGCUUUGUAUCUCUUGCCAGCAACGUGAACCUCCCGGCUCCUUCAAUCUCAGUGUCGGAUUCCAUAGCAGCAUUUGCCAAGAAAGGACUCGGUGCCAUUGACAUGGUUUAUCUUCUCGGUGGUCACACUGUUGGUGUAGCACACUGUUCUCUCUUCAAAGACCGGCUCUACAAUUUCCAGAACACUGGAAAACCUGACCCAACUAUGAGUCCUUUGCUGCUAAUGUCUUUGAGACUCAGGUGUCCUCAAAAUGCAGCAUCUGAUGGCACUGCUAAUCUGGACCAGAACCCUUUUAGUUCUCUCAUUGUUGACAACUCUUAUUACCGGCAAAUAAUGCUGCUUAAAGGGGUUCUUCAAAUCGACCAGGAGUUGGCAUUGGAUCCGCUAACCAAUGCCACAGUGGCAACGAUAGCCAGGGGCUUCGACUUCUCCACAAGAUUUGGUCAGGCCAUGGUCAAGUUGGGUGCAGUUGAAGUCCUUACCGGCACACAAGGGGAGAUUAGGACAUCAUGCAGAGCCAUCAAUAAACCAAUGGUUAACAAUUCUCAGAAUGGUCCUCAGACCUAA